GCCACAUCCUCACGGGCCACUUAGAGCCCACUCUGGAUCGAGGGAUCCACAUCUGGGUAGAUGCCCCGCUUAAAAGUUUGGUCGUAUUUCUCAGCCUCGUCAACUUUUUUUUUUGGACCGUUUUUUCCUUCUCUCGAUCUGCAGCGUCAGGCAGAGUAUUCGCACUGCACAUCUCAGCCAGGCGACUCGACAAAACUCGAAAUCCGUGCUUGAUACCACACAUCCGCAAUCAUGUCGGUCGCCGAAAAAGCCCGAUUCUACUUGGAGCGUUCUGUUCCCCAAUUGCGGGAGUGGGAGGAGAAGGAGAUCUUUACCAAGGAUGAGAUCCGUACAAUCGUGCAGAAGCGCAGCGACUACGAGCACCGCAUCCUCUCCCCCCGCUCCAACCCCGACGACUUCACCGCCUACGCAAAAUGGGAGCAAUCCCUCGAGUCCCUCCGCCAGAAACGCUGCAAGCGGAUGAAGAUUGGCCACGUCACGUCCCAGCACACCACCCAGUCGCGCGUCCUCGCCAUCUACGACCGCGCCGUCAGCAGACACCCUGGUAGAAAGGACCUCUGGCUCGAGUACCUCAAAUACACUGCCGACGUCAAGGCCACGAAGCGCUGGCGCCGGACCAUGGCCAGCGCUCUCCGCAUGAUGCCCACCGACGCCGACCUGUGGAUCUUUGCCGGCCGGCGCUCGGCGUCCAACGGAGACAUGGGCGGCGCGAGAGGCUACUUCAUGCGCGGGUGCCGCUUCUGCACGACCGAGGGCACGUUGUGGAUCGAGUACGCGCGGUGCGAGAUGGAGUGGCUGGCCAAGAUGCAGGCCAAGAAGGGCGGCAGCGAGAAGAUGGACGAUGAUGACGAGAUCAAGCUCAUUGAUGACGAUGAGGACGACGACGAGAACGAGGAUGUUCUGAGCCUCCCCGUGCCUGGCAAGGAGAAGAAGGCCAUUGACGACGAGGAGAGCAAGGCGCUCAAGCACAACCCGGCCUUGGACGGUGCCAUACCGACGGCCAUUUUCGACAUUUCGAGAAAACAGCCCUUCUUCAACCCCGAGGUCGCCGAGCGCUUCUUUGACAUGUUUGCUUUCUUCACCAAGGUCUCGUCCGCGUCCAAGAUUGUCCAGCACGUCGUCGACGCCAUGAGGGAGCAGGACGCUACGCAUCCGGCGACAUGGAAUUGCUACAUCCGUCUACCGCUUAUCGGCGUCAGCCCCGACACGCCCGAGUUCCCGCUCGGCCUUCGCGAGGUUCUGUCGCGUCUCGGCAAGGGCCUGGACGAGACGAGCGACAGGGCUGUGCUGGAGAGCAAGUCGCUGGUGUGGAUCGAGCUGGUUCUCCUCUUCAAGGGUCUCGACGAGGGUAUCAAGACGGUUUUGGAGCAUACGAGGGAUCAGUUGCAGUCAUAGCCUGGCAUUUGCUGUGGGCCAUGUGGUUGUUGCUAUAGAUGGGUGUUGGUACAAAAAAGGUGGAAGAAAGAAGUAUGGAUAUUAUAAAAGUGUUUUCGACGCAACACAUUGGGAA